AUGCAGCGCCUCGCGUCGAGACUCGUCGCGCCGGUCGCGCCGCCGGCGCGGCCCAACGCGCGCGCGAACCGCGCGGCGUCGACGACGCGAUGCCGCGCCGGCGGCGGCGGGCGAUACCCCCCCGCGAACGGCCGCGAGCGCGGCGCGACGACGAGAGACUCGGCGUUCUUCUCCCGACGCGACGAAGACGACGAUUAUCGGCGCCGGGAAGAGGCGUGGCGCGCCGAGGAGGAGGCGCGCGCGGCUCGCGAGGAAGCGCAGUGGCGCGACGCGUACGACCGCAGACGCGAGGAGAAGAAGUCGCGGUGGAACGAGUGGGAUCGGAUGGCCGCGGUGGAGAACGAAGCGCGCGCGCGCAUUGCGGCGGCGAAGGCGUCGCGUCGACGCGCGGUGACGCCGGAGCAGCGCCGCGCGUCGCUCGCGCGGUACCGCGACAUGUCCAGACGCGCGGACCAGGAGUUCACGAAGAACGUCUCGCGGCGAUUCAACGGCGACGGCGGCGGAGGAGGACCAUCGGGGUCCCUCGCGCCGCGGGGGGGGACGGAGCGGUACGGGAGGGAUCAGACGUUCGACGGCUGGCUGUUCCGCCCGCUCGCGGGCGCGACGCGACGCGUCAACGACUGGCUGGACGAGGACUUCUACGACGACGGGCGAGGAAGGGGGUGGGGGACGCCGCCGCCACCGCCGCCGCCGCCGCCGAUGCAGCAGACGCGAGAGGAGGCGCGGUCGGGGCGGUACCGGGAACGCGAACGCGCGCCGCCGCCGCCGCCGCCGUAUCCGUAUCCCGGGGACGAAUACGAGUACUACGAAUACGAAUACGACCAGCCGCCGCCGCCGCCGCCGCGGCAGCGCGGCGGGAACCCGUUCGGGGAGUUCUUCAACGGGGGGAGAGGAGGAGGGAUGUUCGACGGCGGCGUGGACGAUCCGAUCACCGCGGAGGAGUUUGAACGACUCCGAGCUGAAGCGCGACGGAGCGGACGACGAUGA